CCAUGGCGCGGGUGCUGAUCGUGGGCGCCGGGCUGACGGGAAGCCUGUGCGCCGCGCUGCUGAGGAGGGAGGCGGCCGGUCCUUUGCGCCUCGCCGUGUGGGACCAGGCCGCGGACUCAGGAGGAAGAAUGACCACAGCCCGUAAUCCCCAUAAUCCACAGAGCACGGUUGACUUGGGUGCUCAGUACGUCACCUGCUCCUCGCAUUAUGCCAAAAAACACCAAAGUUUUUAUGAUGAACUAUUAGCACGUGGUAUUCUGAAACCUCUGACCUCUCCUAUUGAGGGAAUGGUGAUUAAAGAUGGAGAUCGUAACUUUGUGGCCCCUCAAGGAGUUUCUUCGAUUGUUAAGCAUUACUUGAAAGAAUCAGGUGCUGAAAUCUACUUCAGAUAUUGUGUGACCCAGAUCAACCUCAGAAAUGGCAAAUGGGAAGUCUCCAAAGAAUCAGGCCCUUCUGAGCUGUUUGAUGCUGUUGUCCUCACAAUGCCAGUUCCUCAGAUUUUACAGCUACAAGGUGACAUCGCAAACUUAAUUAGUGAAUGUCAAAGGCAACAACUGGAGUCUGUGAGCUACUCCUCCCGCUACGCUCUGGGUCUCUUUUAUGAAACUGGCACGAAGAUUGAUGUUCCUUGGGCCGGGCAGUACAUCACCAGUAAUCCCUGCAUACGCUUCAUCUCCAUUGAUAAUAAGAAACGCGGUAUAGAGGCAUCAAACAUCGGACCUUCUCUUAUGAUACAUACUACCGUCCCAUUUGGAGUUCAGCAUUUGGAUCACAGCAUUGAGCAUGCGCAGGAGUUAAUCCUCCAGCAGCUGCAAAAUAUUUUGCCAGGUUUGCCUCAGCCAAUUGCUAUCAAGUGCCAGAAAUGGAGACACUCACAGGUUACAAAUGCAGUUGCCAACUGUCCUGGACAAAUGAUUCUUCGCCUGAAACCUUUCCUCGUGUGUGGAGGGGAUGGAUUUACUCAGUCCAACUUUGAUGGCUGCAUCACGUCUGCCCUCUGUGUUCUGGAGACUUUUAAGAUGCAUUUUUAGUUCCUGUAUCCUUAUUCCCAACAUGUACUUGGGUAAUUUUUGUUCACAAUUUUCUGGUAUCAAGUAUUUUGUUUUCUGUUUCAUUUAGAGAGACUAUUAGGAAAUUGUUCUUCACUUACUGUCACUUUUCAUAUAGAGUGUAAAAAUCAAUGUUAUAAUUUUGACAGUUACAGCCUAUGCGAGAAUGAAGGUUCCUUGUACUUUAUACCUUUUGUCACUUUUCCGAAUCUACCCGACUCCUUGUUGUGGAAAAGGAAUGCUUCAGAAUAACAAGAACCCUUUCCCCGAGUUAUUUCAGACCAGGGAGGCUAUUCAUGCACUCAAGUCUUUAUUAUGGGUUUAAAGCUUCAGUUCCAAAUAAUGAAUCCUCGUUACCAAAUUUUAAGUCUUACUUUAAAAUUUAAAGUAUAGGUUGAAAUUCAAGGUAGGUUGAAUUCAACCUACCUGUAGGUUGGGGUUUUUUGUUAUUGUUAUUGUUGUUUGAUUGCCAAAUUACAGUAUUUCCCCAAACUGCAAAAGGCAGGCUGUAGUUUUUAUUUCUCUCAAGCAAUGAAAUGAUUCUGAGCAGUAGGUCAUAUGUGGUGUCAUCUGGAAAAUGGCAAUUUGGAGGGCAACUUGACAGAUCUCUUUUAAAAUUUUCAGAAAGCAACCAAUUGCUCUUGACUUUCCAAGUCACACAAUACUUCUUAUUCCAAUCUCAAUAUGAAAGUUAAAUAUUAUAGAGACAGAAAAUAUAUUGAUCUUUACCUUUUAAUCUCUCCUCUGGCUGUUACUGUUACCUUUAUGUGCUCUCCAGUAUGUGCUGUGGCAUUUCAAGCCUGUCAUUUUAAAUAAAUUCAAUACCAAAAAAAGUUGCUGAACCAGAAAAUAGAUGCACUUAAAAUAGUUCAAUAUUUGCCAACUUAGUGGCUCAGCAUAUCACCCAUCUGCUUCAGUGACAACCUUGUGACUUGCUGGCAGUAAGAAAAGUGAUCCCCAACCUUCCAAACAAGUGACCUGUUGCUAAUUUAAAAAAGUAGAAUGGUGAGUUCUAUUUUAUUAUUUUUAAAGGGAAAAAGUAUUUGCAUCUUCUCAAAGAAAGAAAAGUUCAAGAAAAGAUUUAUUAUAUUGGUAGUAUUUAAUGUGCCAUACUUUCAUACCUACUAUCAAACAUACAAACACACAAGCAUGGGUAGAACUUCUUUAUGCCUUUACAAAGUAGGCUUUGUCAUCCUACUGAAUGUUAUUAUAUAUGUGUAUACAUAGGUAUAUUUUUCAACACUCACUUGACAGUAAACUGAAAUGCUCACAGAUGGUUAAUCUUCCUUAAUUUUUA